AAGAGAUUAAUUGGGAGCGAAGAAAAGAAGAAUUAGGAGGAAGAAGAGGAAGAAAAGAUCAGAUCUGCAAUUUUUAUUUUCAACUAUUGUAGAUUUAUACUUAUAUAUAUUUCUCUCAUAAUAAUAAAGGAAAAUACUACCAAAGGGAAGGAGAGGAGAAUUUCCAGGCGACAGCGAGCGAUGGUGGAGGACAAAGGCGUUUCCGACGGUGAAAGCAAAGAAUCGAGUCCGCCGCCGCCGGUAGUCAAGAAGAAAGGCAAGGGAGUCCUCUCCCGUAUUUGGCAUGCAAUUAUUGGUAGUAGCGGGGACAAUUUCGAAAAGAGGCUUGAACAUAUUACCAAGGAAGAGAAGGCUGUUGUCGCGCGAAUUAAAAGAAGAUCCCAGGCUUGGAGGACAAUAAUUAGGCAUCUCAUUGUAUUUUCUGUCGUUUUGGAGGUUAUUGCAGUUGCUUAUGCCAUUAUGAUGACAAGAUCCGAGGAUUUAGAUUGGAAGAUGAGGGCAUUUAGGGUUUCCCCGAUGUUCCUUUUGCCUGUUAUUUCUUCCGUUGUUUAUUCUGCAGUUGUAAAAAUCACAAGGAUGUGUGACCAGAGGGACCAGAAAACUCUAGAAAAUCUUCGUGCUGAAAGGCGAGCAAAAAUUGAUGAACUUAAGGAGAAGACAAAUUAUUACAUUACACAACAGCUUAUUCAGAGAUAUGAUCCUGAUCCAGCAGCAAAGGCUGCUGCUGCAACUAUCCUUGCAUCUAAGUUGGGUGCAGAUUCAGGUUUUAAAUUCUAUCUUGAAGAUGAAUCUAAGCUUGAUGUCCUAGGGGGGAGGAGCAACGAUGUUGAGAUAGUGCCUUCAAGUGGACUUCGAAAAAGAAAGCACAGUAGAUCCAAUAGUACGGGAAGCACUCCAUUGGUGCAUUCUAAUGAAGGAUCACCACCUCAUCCUGUAGGGAAUGAGGGUCCUCAAGCUUCUGAGCAUGACCGACUGGUUGUUGAUCAUUACCAUCCACAGGGACCUUCCGUACAGGAUGGGGGAUGGCUUGCUCGAAUUGCUGCCUUGCUUGUGGGGGAAGAUCCAACACAAUCAUAUGCACUUAUAUGUGGCAAUUGCCACAGGCACAACGGACUUGCUAGGAAGGAGGAUUUCCCAUAUAUAACUUAUUACUGCCCGCACUGCCAAGCCCUGAAUAAGCCAAAACAACCGGAAGAGCAUGUUUCUAGAUCUAGCCCCAUCAUGGACCCCUUGCAUUCAGGAGUUGGCGAUGCAGUAAAAAGUUCAAGUGGUAGCAUGGCUGAGGAUAUACUCAGGAGCUCCAGCCCUGUGAUAUCUGUAUCUGAGAUUGAGAAAGUGACGGAAAAAGUAGAGUCAAUUGGUGUGGUUGGAUAAAAUGCACUCUUACAUGGAGCAAUGAAAUCGAUUAUGGUGUUCUAUAAAGAUCUCAUAUGUUGCCUGUAGGUAAACUAUAGGAACGCUUGAGCUCUGGAUUUUUGCAGCAGUUUUGAUUCUUGUUGGUUGCUUUGACUAAACAUUCAGAUGUCUUACUAGGAACUUAUGAUUAUACACACAUUGAUAUAGAAGAUAGAUAUAAUUGUUACAUUUUACUCUUACAAUAUGAUUAGUUGCAUUCCAGGAA